AAAGAGAAAGUGUGUAAUUUAAAUUUUGUAUUAUUUAAGCAAAGAACUUUCCCAAAAUUAAAUCUUUUCUAAUUUCUAUUCACAGAGACAGCUGUGGGAAAAUAGAGAAAAUAUUACUCGGCUGCCACUGCAUCCCACCUGACCUUUCCUCAUCCUUUCCCCGCCAAUCCUCCUCUCUCCGCCGCACACGGCGGCGAUCUGAAGCCGUCGCCACCGUGCUCUCUCCGUAGCAUAAACGUCUCUGAUUUCCCAACUCGCAUCUCGGUUCUUAUUAAUUGGCUGUCGGCUGCCUGGAUAUUGAGUGUGAUUUCUUGAGUACAUAGCCAGCGGGGUGGUCGAGGUGGACGAGGUGAGUGGACUACAAUGAGAUUGUUAAGGUCUAGCUCAAGUUCAUCAAAGGAGCAGUACAAUGGAGAGAAAAAUCGUGCUUUGUUGUAUCUUAAUGUAUAUGAUCUCACACCUGUAAACAACUAUCUCUAUUGGGCCGGGCUUGGAGUGUUUCAUUCUGGUAUAGAAGUACAUGGUCUAGAGUAUGGGUAUGGAGCCCACGACUACUCAACUAGUGGGGUUUUUGAGGUGGAGCCACGUAGUUGUCCGGGUUUCAUUUUUAGACGGUCAGUACUCUUGGGCAGCACAGAGAUGUCUCUUUCAGAAGUUCGGUCAUUUAUGGAACACAUUUCAGAAAAAUAUCAUGGGGACAGUUAUCAUUUGAUUGCCAAGAACUGCAACCAUUUUGCUGACGAAGUCUGUUUGCGUCUCACGGGAAAGCCAAUUCCUGGAUGGGUGAAUCGACUGGCACGAGUAGUUUCAGGCUCAUUCUGCAAUUGCAUUUUACCAGAAAGUAUUCAGGUUACAAGAAUCAGACAUCUUCCUGAUCAUCAAGCCUUUUCAGAUGGCACAGAUUCUGGUGCAUCAUCUGUAACGGUAGAUAGCGAGGAGGAAGACUCUGAUCAUCAGUUGUUAACUGUACAGAAUAGUGAGAUGGCAUUUCUGAAUGAAAAACCAGUGAGACUAGCAAAAGAGCUGCUUUGAUUGAAACGUCUUUCUUCUUCUUCCCCUUUUCUUUAAAUUUGUUAUUAAGAAAACCUUUUCUCCCUUGCCUCCAAUUCAUCUAGUCUCCUGUUUGGAGUCCUAUUGCUUGUAUUUGUGCGUGUGUGUUUGUUCUCAAGUGUAUCUAGUUAACCUGUCCUUUAAGCACAUUAUUGUAUUGUUCAAAUAUUUGUUGAGAUGUGUAUUCAGGUAGUAUCAACUUCUAGUGUUACUAGGAUUCAAUGGAAUUGCUUUUCCCCUCGA